CACGUGUUGAGUCGACACGUGCUUUGACUCACACUUCAAGACAAGCAGUGAUUUGUUGUGAAAACCAGUCAUUGAUUUCAUCGACAGAAAGAGAGACAGACAUCGGCUAUGAGUGACCUGAAGUUUACACCCGAUCUGAUCCAGUGUCAGGUGACACACGUGGACGUGAGUGGACAGCAGGUGAUGGUCUGGGCCCAGACGGACACUCAGUCCGCCCUAAGACUCGAGCAACUAAUGGACGCCCACUUUAAGGCCAUGUUUGACAAGUACUUCACCGGCGGUGGCGAUAGUGUCACCCAAACUGAUCCACAAGAGGGCAAAUACUAUGUCUACUGUGACAAAUCAAACCGUAAUUUCUAUCGAGUUUUGGUGAAAACGGUGGACACGACGGCCGCCAACCAGUCGUUGAUUGUGUUCGUGGACUUCGGUUACGCGGAAGUUGUGGCCAACGAUCGGCUCAUGGUUUACGAGCCGUUGUUUGUUGACUGCCAUCCAUUAGCCGAGCCCUUCGUUUUAGGCGGCGUUUGUCCGCCGAAGAAUCAGUCAAAAGGUUGGGAUCAGAUGAAAGUGAAACAGUGUUUGAAACGCUUCUUAAACGCCGUCUUGUGGUUCGCAAUCUAUGGCUCGUCACCUGCGCUGGACGUGGCGUUCGGACACCUCUCCCGAAAAAUGGCCAAAAUAUAUGAUAACAAUCGUCAGGAAAUUGUGGCCAAAACGCUGUACAACGAGUACUUCAAUGAGACCGACGAUCCCUAUGAUUAAAGAGAGCCAAAGAUUGUUAUACUUUGCGACCAUUUACUGCACUGCCC